AUGGCUCCUAUUCCGGCGUCCGAACAUAGUCACGACCGCUGGCAUGAUACCUGCCAGUUCCCUACUCUGCCCAACAUUUCCCGCGGACAGGCUAAACGUCAGUCGGUGGACAUACUCCUAGAACAACAGGAACGAGACAUAGCCCUCGAGUUUUGCAGCGCGCAUGGACUUCCCUUUGCUCAAUUGCUCCGAGCCGCGUGGUCCUUGGUGCUGCAGGCGUAUACGGGCUCCAACCGUCCUGCAUUCAGGUUCCUCGGCGAAAGCGUGGCAUGUCGGGCUGUCGCCGGAUCCUGGUGCUGCGUGGAUUUGUCUCGGGACCGGUCGCCCACAGAACUUGUCAAAGAUGCCGUCACCGUGGCGAGGCUGGACAAGGAGCCGCAAGUGUCGUCCACAGCCCUUACGUGGAACUAUGCCCAUGAUAUCGCAGCAGAAAUCGGUGUAUACAUCCAGGUUCACGCCAGCAGUCUUGACGUGAAGCUUGCCCUUCAUUACGGGACUCACAUUCUGUCUGAAUGGCAAGCCACGGUUAUCGCAGACUUCUUCGCAUACAGCCUAAUCCAGCUCACCCGGGUUUUCUCGCAACGGCCUGGCGCCAUGCUCUCGCCAAGAAUGACCAGGCAGCUGAAGGCAUGGAGCGGGAGACGGCCAACGCUCGUCAGCCACUGCAUCCAGGACCUCGUUCUGAGCCAGUGUCGUGAUCGACGAGACACGACAGCAGUCUGUGCUUGGGACGGCGACUUGACAUACGGGGAGCUGGACCGCGUGUCCGCUCUCGUCGCGGCAGACUUACGGAUACGAGGCGUCGGUCCCCAGUCUUUCGUCGGUGUGUACUUUGAGAAAUCCAAAUGGGCUCUUGUUGCCUUGUUCUCAGUUCUCCGGGCUGGCGGCGCGUUUGUCCUCUUGGACCCGUCGCUCCCACUCCCGAGGUUGACCGAUAUGUGCGCGCAGCUCAGAGCUGUCACCAUCAUAUCCGCGCCACAUCUAAUUGAGCAGGCAGAACAUCUGGGACCACCAGUCAUCGCACUAGACCAGGAACAUGUUGAGUGCCUUCGAGCUGCGCCUAUGGGAACAUUGUCCGAGGCGCCCGACGCACCGGACAACGCUGCCUUUGCCGUCUUCACCUCGGGCUCGACGGGUGCCCCCAAAGGGAUCGUGAUACAUCAUUCGGCGUUCUGCUCUGGACAAACAGAAGCCAUCAAAGUUAUCGGGCUCAACAGCGCGAGCAGAGUGCUUCAGUUUUCCUCGUACACUUUUGACGUUAGCAUUGCGGAGCACCUCACGCCGCUGCUUGCGGGUGGCUGCGUAUGCAUUCCCUCGGAGAAAGAUCGCGUUGGUAACCUUGCCGGAGCCGUGCAAAACUUGACUGCGAACACGAUGCUGCUGCCACCGACGGUAGCAAGGUUGCUGCGGCCAAGCGAUGUCCCGUCAGUCACGACGUUGGUGCUCGGUGGUGAGCGAAUUACACCAUCCGACGUGGAAACUUGGGCGGGUCGCGUGCGCCUCUUCAACGGAUACGGACCGGCAGAAUGUUGCGUAUACUCGUCGAUUCAUGAAAUCGCUAUCGGGCAGGACCCAAACAUCAUCGGGUCAGGCACAGGGGCGCUGUGUUGGGUAGUCGAUCCGGCCGACCACGGCAAGCUCGCACCUCUGGGCGCCGUCGGUGAGUUGCUCGUCGAGGGUCCCAUUGUGGGCAGAGGCUACAUCGGGCGCGACGACAUGACCAGACGGUCGUUCGUUGCCAACCCGGUGUGGCGGUCUGCCUUCUCGGAGGCGCCUGGUGGCGGCGGCAUCAAGAUGUACCGCACGGGCGACUUGGUACAGUACGUCGAGGACGGCAAGUUGCGUUUUGUCGGGCGGAGAGAUAAACAAGUCAAAAUUCACGGCCAGAGGUUGGAGCUGGACGAAGUCGAGCACCACAUGCGGCAGGCGCUGCCCGCCGGCGCGCUUGCCUUGGCCGACGUGGUCGUGCCUGCCGCUGGCAGUGCCGACAAAGUGCUCGUCGGAUUUACCUUCAAUCCGGAGACGGCGCACAUAUCCUGCGACGACAGCCCUGGGACCAUGACUGCGUUCUGCCCACCAAGUGCAGAGUCCAGGCAGAUUUCCCAGCAUGUCGUCCAUCAGCUGGCCGCUCACCUGCCGCGGUUCAUGGUCCCCGCUGCCGUGGUGCCUCUGCGGAUCCUUCCCAUGACUCCGACGGGCAAAACCGACCGGCGAGCCUUGCGAGACGAGGCCGCAAAGAUGACGAGAAAAGAUCUUCUCAAAUACAUCCAGGCACCGCACAACGCCACAACAACACCAUCGACGCACAUGGAAGCCGUCCUCUGUCGGCUGGUCCAGGCGGUUCUGCAAGUCGAACACGCAGGGGUCGCCGAUGACUUCUUCGGCCUCGGCGGGGAUUCCAUCCGUGCCAUGGAGCUCGCACGUCUUGGGCGCGACGAGGGGCUGGUGAUUCCCGUCGACAAAGUUUUCAAGACACCACGCCUCGCCGACCUCGCGGCCAGCAUGUUCUACUCUUCGAUCGAGACCGACAUACCUCCCCUAUCCUUGGUCGGUCCACAGAGAUCAAGAGAUGAGCUUUUGGAAAUGGCUGCAAAGGCCUGUGGCGUGCCGGCUGAGCAGAUUGAAGACAUCUACCCCUGCACGCCUCUGCAAGAGGGCCUCAUGGCGCAGUCCGUUAUCGGCGUCGAGCCCAAGUACCUUGCUCGUUACGUGUAUCGUCUGCCACAAGCAAUAGACGAGAAGCGACUAGAACGUGCAUGGCACGACGUCCUGAAAGCCACUCCGACUCUGCGUACACGCAUCAUACCCGACUUGGAUACCUCACUGCAAGUGGUCGUGACGACCGGCAUCGAAUGGAAACACUCCCAGAGCCUAGAGGAAUCGCUGACCACGGCGAUGCAGGAGAUGAAGACUGGGGAACCACUAGCACGCCUGACUCUAGUUAAGGAAAACAAAACCAAAAUCCUCAUCUUUUCCAUCCAUCACGCCUUGUACGAUGGAUGGUCGCUGCCUCGUGUUUUGGAGCAGGUUGAGGCGGCUUACCAUGGCGUCGUUCCAGCGUCGAAGCCCUUCAAAUAUUUCGUCAGACAUAUCCUCGACGACCAAGAAGACGCGCCGCUGGAGGACUUUUGGAAGAAACAGCUGGAUAAUUACUCAGGCCAGAUGUUUCCGGCUCCCAGGCACAACUACACGCCUCGCCAAUUUCAGGUCGCAACUCGCUCAGCCGCGCUGCGUACCACACAACAUAUCAACGCUACCUUGCCCACUGUCAUCCAGCUUGCAUGGGCACUUACCACAGCACAAUACGCUGGCACGGACGAUGUUGUGUUUGGAAUCACCCUCGCCGGGCGCAACGUGCCAGUCCCUGGGGUGCAGGAGAUCUUGGGGCCGACAUUGACGACGAUCCCAUUGCGAUUCAAAUAUGACCGCUCGCGCACGGCACGCGAAGCUCUGCAGCAAAUGAAUGCUCAAAAUGGGCGCACGAUACCGUUUGAGCACGCUGGGCUCCAGCGGAUAGCUGCGUUAGGGAAUGGCGCGGCCGUCGCAUGCCGAUUCCAGAACCAUCUAGUCAUACAACCGCAUGACGACAAGCCGGAAUCCAUGAUAUUUGGCAAUAGGAGCCAAAGGCAUUCCAUGGAAAUUGCGGACCAGUACAUUCUAUCACUCGAAAUCCAUCUCGGAGAACAUGCCAGUGACGACGCCCUGACCAUCAUAGCCACCUACGACCCGGAGGUUAUCACCUUAUGGCUGAUGGAAAGAAUCAUGAAUCAGUUCUGCCAUUGGAUGGACCGCAUUACCAGCAACCCGGAAAAGACAUUGUCGGAGCUGUCCACAAUGAGUGAACAGGAUUUUGGAAUACUCAGCAUCGAUGCGUGGGAUGGCUCGCUCACAUACGGAGACCUCAAUACACGAGCAACGAUCCUUUGCGACAUACUUCGACACAGAGACGUCAGACCUGGGCAGUAUGUCAUGAUCAUCGUGGAGAGGUCGCUCUGGACAGUCGUGGCCAUGCUGGCCGUCAUGAAGGCCGGGGCCGCGUUUGUGCUCAUCGAUCCUGCAACGCCGACGAAGCGUCUUCAACAAAUUCAACAGGUCGUCGCGGCGGAGCUAGCCAUAACGUCUGCCUUGCAGGCUAAAAAUGCAGAGGCACUGGGCCUGCAGACGGUGCUGGUAGAGCAGAGGCGAGACAGGCGGUCUGGCCCAAGCUCCUCGCCUGCCGCAGUGACACCGGACGAGCCUGUCUACGCCGUCUUCACCUCCGGCUCGACAGGUCGACCCAAGGGCGUCAUCAUGGGGCACCGAGCGCUAGCCACUGCCGCAAUCGUAAAUAGUGGCAAGCUGCUUAUCGACCGAAAUUCGAGAGUCCUCAGCUUUGCUUCUUUUACGUUUGACGCAUCGAUUGCCGAGAUCUUAUACCCUCUUGUACAGGGCGGAUGUGUCUGCAUCCCUGCUGAGACGGAGAGUCGAACAAACCUGGAGAAGGCAAUGAACGCCUUUCAAGUCAAUUGGGCUACGUUAACGCCAUCGUUGGCCAGGGUCUUGUCGCCAACCAAGUUGGAGACGCUCCAGAUUCUGGCCCUGGGCGGUGAAGCCGUCACCAUGAUGGACAUUGACAAAUGGAAGGACAGGGUGCACUUGAUGAACGGCUAUGGACCCGCAGAAUGCUGUAUUGACACGUCUAUACAGCCAAAUACAACUUUGGAAUGUGGUGAUUCGAACAUCGGCUGGGGUGCUGGUGCGGCAUGCUGGAUCGUUGAUCCAAGAGACAGCAGCAUUCUUACGCCGCCCGGCGCCGUGGGCGAGCUUGUUGUUGAAGGACCCAUUUUAGCAAACGGCUAUCUGAAGGAUGAGAAAGCAACUGAAGCGUCGUUUAUUGGCUACCCGGGCUGGCUUCACCGCCUCAGGCGCGGCAGGCAGGGACGACUUUACAAGACCGGAGACCUUGUCCGCUACAGCUUCAGCGGCGACGGCUCGCUACUAUUCAUGGGGCGGAAAGACAACCAAGUCAAGCUCCGUGGGCAACGCAUAGAACUGGGCGAGGUCGAACAGCAUGUACGGGAAUGUCUGCCCGCAGCGCGACAGGUCGUGGCAGACCUGGUGACACCAGAGGGCGAGAAAUCGGACACCAUGCUCGCCGUGCUCAUCUACCUGCGUGAUUAUGAGUCCGGAACGGCAGAGCCAGUCUUGGGCCAGGCUGUGGCCACUAUCGGAAACCAGUUUGAAGAGGUAGAGCGACGCCUUCGCUCUCGACUGCCGAGUUACAUGGUCCCAUCUCUGUUCCUACCACUCACGCGCGUUCCUCUGACGAUGACCGGAAAGGUCGAUCGGCGACUGCUCCGGGACGCGGUCUCGAAACUCACUAGGCGUGAACUCCUAGCUUACGGCCUGUCUGUCUCCCAUCGCGCCCCAGCGACCGCCGCCGAGGUCGCCGUUCAACUGGCCGUAUGUCAGGCGCUCCGCUUGCCUGCAGAAUCUGUGGGCAUGGAUAACAACUUUUUCCACAUUGGAGGUGAUUCAAUUGGCGCGAUGAAAGUAGUCGGUCGCCUCAAUGAAGCAUCGUACUCCCUGUCUGUGGCCGAUUUGUUCCGCUUCCCUCGUCUGUCUGAUCUGGCAUUAUCUCUUGGACACCCGACCCAGUGUAUUUCCGAAGAAAUAUUGCCCUUUCAGCUGACGGAGACGGAAAGUCGUGACGAUCUCAUAACAUUCGUGGCGCAGGCUUGCGGCGUUGACCUGGACUCUGUGGAAGACAUCUACCCGUGCACCCCCAUGCAGGAGGGCCUAUUCGCGCUGAGCAUGAUGCACCAGGACCAUUAUGUAGCCAGGAUGGAGUUCAGCCUACCUCGAAAUGCCGACCUUGAUCUGUUGCUCCUGGCGUGGACAGCCGUGUAUGACGCGAACCCUAUUCUUCGCACGCGCCUGGUCCUGGGACCCGUGGGCGACUGUACUCUACAAGCUGUCAUUGCAGAGAAGCUGGAGUGGUCAUCACGCGACGACCCGUUGGAAAUCAUGCCCGGAAAACCACUUCAGAGGAUCAAACUAGUCAAGUACGGCGACGAGCAUAGGCUGCAGCUUUGGCUUCAUCACGCCCUGUACGAUGGCACGUCGCUGCCGCUCAUCUUCCAUCAAGCUGAAGCGGCCUACAAGGGUGAAAGGCUCACUGUCCAACCUUUCAACGCGUUUGUGGCUUAUUUGAAGACACUCGAUGCCAGUGAGAGCAGAGAGUUCUGGAGGCAAGAGUUCCGUGAUUUGGACGUCUCGAUGUUUCCCGCGCAACCCCGAUUCCCAAGCUCUUCCCUUCAACGACAGUCUGUUACACACAGGAUCCAGAUCAUGAACACCGAUACUGUGGAUGUGACACUCUCAGCCAUUAUUCAGCUCAUAUGUGCGAUCGUGCUCAGCCAUUACACAGCUGCGGAUGACGUCGUGUACGGGCUCACACUCUCGGGGAGAAACGCGCGUAUGAGGGGCAUCGAACAAUGCGUUGGCCCAACCAUCACGACGGUGCCUUUUCGUAUCAGACUGUUAGAAAUGAUGCCCGUGGAACAAGCAGCCAUGUCCAUACAAAGACGUGUGCUUGACAUGACAUCACAUGAGCAGAUUGGGCUACAGAAUAUUCGUUCCAUAAGCGCUGAAACGGCGGUGGCAUGCGACUUCCACACCCAGCUGGUCAUCCAGCCAGCAGACCAAGACGUGGAGAGCGACUUCUACAAGGAAGCCUUGGAAACUGACGACGUGUACUCUCGUUUUGCGAGCACGCCUCUGCUGAUGAUAUUCUCCCUCUCGCCGGACAAGCACUCCGUUCAACUAACCGCAAACUUUGACAAGUCGUUUUUGAACGAGGUUGAAGCGCACAAUUUGGCUCAUCAACUCGACCAUGUUGCUCAGCAAGUGAUGAGAAGCCCAAAAAUGGCGAUAAAGGAUAUUGAGGUCAUCAGCCCUCAUGACCUGGAGCGUGUCGGGGCCUUGAACGCAUCCACGUUGACCUGUGCGGAUCGGUUGGUCCACGACCUGGUGUUGGAACAAUGCCGACUGCACCCAGAAAAGAAGGCGAUUUCUUCAUGGGACGGCUCACUUACAUACGAGCAGCUACGGAGAGACUGUGGCCGACUUUCGCAACGUCUGAUUUCGCACGUUAUUGGUCCUGACACAACCAUAGCGAUUUGCAUGGAAAAGUCGCGAUGGACCGUCGUGGCUACACUCGCCGUUCUCAAGGCGGGGGCCGCUUGCGCUUUUCUGGAUCCCUCUCACCCGCCUGGUAGACUGGAGCAGAUGCUCAAGCAGAUGCAAGCUGCCGUCAUCGUCGUAUCACAUGCGACGCGAGGCAUAGUUGAGGCAUUAGACACUGACACUCCCAUCGUCAUACUAUCGGCUGCUCUGCUGGACACGCCUCCUUCUAGCCCACCGGAAUCUCCGCGAAAAUUAGCGGUGACAGAUGCCGCUUUCGUAAUGUUUACAUCCGGGAGCACGGGGAUUCCCAAGGGCAUAACCCUGGAACAUGACAGCGUUGCCACGGCUCUUCGAGACCUCGCAGGGCCGUUAAACUUGACAUCGGACAACAGGACGCUACACUUUGCAUCGUACGCAUUCGAUGCGUCGAUCCUGGAGAUCUUGACCUGUCUGGCUUUCGGGGGGUGUUUGUGUAUCCCCUCUGACGAGGAGCGACUAUCUGAUCUCAAUGGAUUUAUUGCGCGGAACGACAUUAAUUGGGUAUUCAUGAUUCCAUCCACGUCGCAGGUCCUCACGCCCAAUCUUGUUCCAUCGCUCAAAACGUUAGUUUUUGGAGGCCAAACCCUCCGAGUUGCUGAUGUGGAGCGUUGGGUAGGAAGCAAUUGCUGCCUCAUCAACGUCUACAGUCCGGCAGAAUGCACGCCGGUGUGCGUAGUCGGGCACGCCGACCCACGGAGGUAUGCUUCUGGAACACUGGGCACUUUUGCCACUGGUGCCGGGUGGAUUGUAAGCCCAUCGGAUCCAUCACGGCUCUGCGCCUGGGGGGCUAUCGGAGAGCUCCUGAUUGAAGGUCCGAUUGUUGGUAGGGGCUAUAUCAACGAUCCUGAAAAGACAGCGGCGAGCUUCAUCCCGAGUCCGUCGUGGCUAUGCCACUUUCGUGGCGACAAGGACUCACGGCUGUAUCGAACCGGUGAUCUCGUUCAAUACAUGGAAGAUGGGUGCAUACGGUACGUAGGCCGCAAGGACAGACAAAUCAAGCUUCGCGGCCAGCGUAUCGAGCUGGAGGAAGUUGAAACCAACUUGAAGCAAUUUCUCCCCGACAAUACGGCCAUAGUCGUUGAGCUCGUUCAUCAGCCUGAAGCUGAACCUAAGCUCUUCGCUUUCGUUCAUCUGAGAGAGGCGGGUAUUGCCAUUUCAAGAGCAGAUGACAAGUCGCUUUUUGGAGUCCCAGACGACACGUUUCGAAAAGUCUGCCACGAAGCGAAGACAAGGCUUUCGGCGUUGCUUCCUCGCUACAUGAUCCCCUCCUCCUUCGUGCCCCUCAACUACAUUCCGGUGACUGACAGUGGCAAAGUCCACCGUCGCAUGAUAUCGCAGCUUGCCACGUCGCUGCCGAACGACGGCUCCGACAGCCGUUUGAGCUCUAGCGCGGCCACGGCUGUCAAGCCUGUCAACGACAAGGAGCGCGUCAUGUCUGAGCUCUGGGCCGGCCUGCUGAACUUGCCAAUUAGCGACCUUAGCACUGAAGAAAAUUUCUUCGGCGCGGGCGGAGACUCAAUAUCUGCGAUGCGGCUUGCUUCCGCCGCACGCGAGAGGGGAUACCGGUUGUCUGUGGCAAACGUUUUCACUCACCCGCGGCUCUCCGACAUGGCGGACGUUAUGGAUCGCGGAGCCGACAAUUCCCCAGAAAAGCUUGCUCCAUUUGAGCUCGUGCAUAAAGAAAAGCGUGCGACACUACUUGAAGUAGCGGCCGGGGCUUGCCGCGUCGAAACAUCCCAAAUUGAAGACAUCUACCCGUGCACACCCCUACAGGAGGGGAUAGUGUACGGUUCUUUGCGCAAGGAAGGCGCUUACCGGGCCCUCUUCCGCUAUCGAAUGCAUGAGAUGUUUGACGUGGAGAAGCUCAAGCGCGCAUGGAAAGCAGUGGUGAAGGCCAACCCAAUCCUGCGCACGAGGAUUAUCCAGGAUUCGGCGCUGUAUCAAGUAGUCCUUGACGACGACAUUCCACUGAGUGUGACUGGCAUUGACAACAUCGAAGGACUGACCUUGACGGUGCCGCGCAAAAGGCUCCAGCUAGGCGACCCAAUGGUGCAACUGCAUGUCAGCAGUGAGGACGACGGAAGCACCUCCGGGGUGCUUCUCCUCGACAUACACCAUGCCUUGUACGAUGGAUGGUCCUUGGACCUCGUUCUCGACCAGAUCGAACAAGCGUUCUCGGGAGAACAACUACUACAGCGACCUUUCAAUCAUUUCGUUGGCUAUAUGUCCAAACAAAAUAACGAAUGUACGAGAAGAUACUGGUGCGAGCAGCUGUCAGGCGUUUCUGAAACUUCGUUCCCCCCGCUUCCAACAAACGACUACACCCCAGUAAUUGACAACUUGACGGAUAUUAGAGCCAAGCUGCAUCCUAUUGGGGAUCAAACAUCAGCAACCACAUUGACUCUGGCCUGGACUCUGGCUCUCUCCAGAUUCAGUGAGUCGAAUGAGGCAGUGUUUGGCCUCAUCGGGUCUGGCCGCAACGCCAACAUCCAUGGAAUUGAGCACGUCUCCGGUCCUACCAUUACUACCGUCCCUUUUCGUUUCCAUCCGAGAAGAGAUCAAACCGUCAUGUCUGAACUGAACCGAGUGCAAAUGCAGCUGGCAAACAUGGUCCCGCAUGAGCAGCUGGGCCUACAAAACAUACGCAAGCUCGGAGGAGACGCCGAGGUUGCUUGCCGGUUUCAGUCGUUACUGCUGAUCCAACCGGCAAACUCAGGUCGUGCGGGCUGCCUCUUGGUGCCAGUCGAGGAUGAGACCAAUGCUGCGGACUUUGGUACGUAUGCUUUAGAGAUUACCUGCCAGGUUUCAGACGCGGAAGCAAUCAUCACCUUCCACUUUGACAGUAACGUCUUGGCCGGCGAGGAGGUGCGGCGGCUCUCAUCUGAUUUCGCCCAUAUCCUACAGCAGAUACAGGACAACUUGUCCAAAAACAUUGCGGAUCUCAACCUUUUGGCCCCGUCAUCGCGGAAGGAGAUCGAAGGCUGGAACUCAACCGUCCCCAAGGCCGUCAACCGCUGCGUGCACCACGGGAUUGAAGUUCAGUAUCUUGGCGCCCCUGACAGACAGGCAGUGUGUGCUUGGGAUGGCGACCUCAGCUAUCGCGAACUGAACGACCUGUCCUCAAGCCUUGCUUCACAUCUUCAGACCCUUGGUGUUGGUCCCGAAGUCUUUGUGCCUAUUCUAAUCGAAAAGUCCAAGUGGGUUGCCGUGAGCAUCCUAGGCGUGGUCAAAGCCGGCGGUGCUGUGGCCCUGCUGGAUCCAGCCCUGCCGUGGCAGCGCCUACGGGCUAUAUGCAAUGCUCUUGGCGCACAAGUGAUUGUGAGCUCAAAAGUAUGCAAAACCCUUGCAGGCCAGCUGUCAUCGACGGUUGCUGUGUUAGGGACCGACUUCGGCGAGGCUGCAAACACCUUGGCUCUUUCGAAUGAAGUUGGCCCUAGCAACGCCCUAUACGCCAUAUUCACGUCAGGCUCAACGGGUGAGCCAAAAGGUAUCAUCACCGAGCAUGCAGCAUUCUAUACGAGCGGCUCGGCCCAGCAAACACAACUCUACCUUGACAGAGAGACGAGGACACUCCAAUUCGCAUCUCACAUGUUUGAUGUGAGCAUCGCGGAUUAUCUUUGGACGUUUCUUGCAGGAGGAUGCGUCUGCGUACCCUCGUCGGAGAGUCUUCGCGACAACCUAGCAGGUGUCAUCAACGACUUCCGCGUCAACAGGGUCGAUCUCACACCCUCAAUUGCGCGUGUGCUGCGUCCAGAAGAUGUACCUGGAUUGAAAACAGUUCUACUUGGUGGGGAGCCUAUGAAUCAGCGAGAUGUUGAGACCUGGGCAGGUAAGGUGCGACUUGUCAACGGCUAUGGGCCGUCGGAAUGCUCCGUCUGUUGCGCGCUGGCAGAUGCUACGCCCGAAUCCAAGCCAGCCAAUAUUGGACAAACACUGGGUGCUGUAUCGUGGGUCGUCGACAAGGACGACGACAGCGUCUUGAUGCCGGUGGGAGCGGUCGGCGAGCUCCUUCUUGAAGGGCCCACGCUAGCACGCGGGUAUCUCAACAACCCGACAAGAACGGCGGAGGCAUUCGUAGAUGCUCCCCCGUGGCUAGGAAGAAUACGCCCGUGGUCUCGAGUGUACAAGACAGGAGACUUGGUGCGAUACAACUCUGAUGGCACCCUCACAUACGUUGGCCGCAAGGAUACGCAGGUCAAGCUUCGAGGACAGCGUGUGGAGCUGGGAGAGAUUGAGCACCACAUCUGUCACACGAAUAUUCCCGUCGCCAAUGCCAUCGUUGAGGUCAUACAGCCAAUGCAACGAGAUGUAGGCGAAUUAAUGGUGGCUUUCAUCCACCAAGAGAGGAACGACGACGAAGAGGCCGAGCCUGAAGACGAACGCCCCUUUCUCCCACCAGGUACUAGGCAUCGAGAAACUGCACAGCAUCUGGCAGCUCAUCUGGGCCAACACCUACCAGUUUACAUGGUACCAAAUGUUUUCAUUCCUCUGACACACGUACCGUUAUCCAUUGCGGGCAAGGCAGAUCGCCGUCUCCUGCGGCAUCUAACUGCGGCCAUGACCUGGCGCGAGAUGCAGCAGUACCGACUGGGCAAAGCUCUACCAAGGCCACCUAGGACAACAAAAGAAAGAACCCUGCAAAAGAUUGUUGCCGACGUGCUGACUGUGGAUCCAGGGGACGUUGGGAUGGACGACAACUUCUUCCGUUUGGGCGGAGACUCGAUAGACGCGAUCCGGCUCGCACACGAAGCACAAGAGAAGGGCUUCACGUUUCGCGUGACCAACAUAUUCAGCACCCCACGGCUUUCUGAACUUGCUCUCUUUGUCCCUCAAGGAGAGGCUCUCAGUGGACGCGUCCUCAAGAGCUCCGCGUCAGCAUCGUCUAAGCCUCUCGACUUGGCGAGUAAAAAAGUCAUUUUUCGAUUGCUGCAGGAGCACAAGUCAGGCUGUUCUGCGGAGACGGAUAUUGUGGACAUUCUCCCCGUGUCGCAAGCCGCAGAGAGAUAUUUGUUCCAAGCCCCUGAAUAUUGGAUCCUGAAUCUCAACGGCACAAUCGACCUCAACAGACUGCAAGCCGCGUGCUCUGCCUUGGUGAAAAGACACGAUGCUCUAAGAUCGAUAUUCGUUGAACAGAGCCGCAAGAUGCACAAUGUUGUGGUAGACGAGAUUGAAACCUUGAUACAGCGUCACUUUACGCCUUUAUCUGUUGGCAGCUUUGUUGAUAGGCAACGGCAGCAAGACAACAUCGAUAUACCGACACUAGGUACUCCAAUCACGCAGUUCUGGUACAUCGAAAGCAGCGAAGGGGGACAAGCCCUGGUCGUGCGACUGAGCCACGCUCAGUUCGAUGGGUAUUCAUUGCACAUCCUCUGGCGCGACUUGAAGCUGCUGUACGAGGGGGCGGCCAUGUUGAGUGACGCACCGUCAUACUCGACGUAUCUGGAUAUCUGGAGCCAGGCACCUACCGAGGAAGCCUUCACAUUCUGGCAAGAAACUUUAAGAGACUCGAACAUUACACGGAUAGACAAUGCGUCUUUUGGCGAAACGCCGUACUCAAACUCCAGCUUUGUCACCGCAAGCCGCACCGUGGACCUUCCCAAUGAGGCACCAAGCAGCAUAACGCUUGCUACCGUCGUCAAAGUUGCGUGGUCCCUUGUCUUGGGCAACUUGACUGGCAAACGCGAUGUUGUCUUUGCGCAGACGUCCAGCGGGCGAAGCCACUGCUCCCCUAGCGCCAAGGACGUGGUGGGAAUGUGCCUCAACUUCAUUCCCGUGCGCGUAACACUCAACCUAGCGGCAACCGUGGCCGAUAUUCUCGCCUCCACGCAAGAGCAGCACCACAGGAGCCUCGACCACGAGCUGCUUGAUUUCAAAGACAUUGUACGCAAAGCGACGCCCUGGCGCGAGGACACAUCCUGCCAGAGCGUCUUGGUGCAUCAAAACAUCGAGCCAGACCUGCCGUUUGCCUUUGGGGAGGCAGAGGCACUCGUCACUUGUUCGUACGACUGGCCACAUCCACCGGAUGAGAUCCUGGUGGAGUCGCGCCCCUUGUCAGAUGAGAGGAUGCAAAUGACUCUCGACACGCGCAGCGACAUCUUGACGCAGAAGAACGCAGAAUUGGUUUUGAACAUCCUCUGCGACGUGGUGACGUCUAUCCUGGGCGGGACUGGCUCAGAGACUGUUGAGAGUCUGCUCGCUAGUGUGAGCGCGUCACCAUAACAUCAGCCCCAGAAGAAAGCGUGGCACGAAUCUUGACGUCAAGUGUAUUCAAAACAGUACAAGCGAGGUGAACAUGACAGGAACAAAGGAAACGAACUUUCAGCCGACCGGCGACCCGCACCGGCCAUGAAUCUCCCCCUUGGCCUUGUGACCGAUCUCUAACCGCCGCUUUUUUCUGCGCCAACACCCUUCAUAUGCAGCUUCAGAGAGCCGCACGGUUGUAGCAAGACAUAUAAGAAGCGGAGCGAACGUCCAUAUCCAAGCACACAUUGGGGUGAGCUUCGUCAGCCACCCCUACCAUUCACCACCACCAUCACCACCUCUGGCGGCGGCGCAUCUUCCUCCUCCUCCUCCUCCUCCUCCUCCUCCUCCUACCCGGGACCGACAAGGCUCCUGUCGUAUCAGUCGCACGCCCGCAAUCAUUCGAAGUGCCGCGACCCUGCUUGUGGUGCGGCCUUUACUUCUCAGUUAGUAUCCAACGGCUGUCACGUUGCAGUAGCAGAUGUCGGGCCAAGCCGUCUAGGCCGUCUCCGAGGUCACAUUGCACGAGGUGCAGCGAGGGUGGCCGCACAGAACGCAGCCGGGGGUGGUGGAGAGCCAGAAGGGGCCGCCGCCGCACAUAUGGCAGGUCCAGAAGUAGUAGACCUGGCGGACCUCUUCCUGGGCGAGGAAGACGACGGAGUUGUUGUUGUUGCUGGUGUGGGAAGCCAUGGCGAAGGUAUGUCUGCGGCGCGAGAGUUGCUGCGACGAGUGAUGCGUCUUGGUGUGAUGCGAUGAGUGCGCUCCGACGUGAGAGCCCUGGGUUGACAGCUGCGUUGAUGGAAGAUUGAGAGGAGAAGUUGUUCUGGCUUUGAAGCUCAAGCUAAGAAACUUGUUUGUCUUGUUGACUAGGU